GCCACCGCGCCGUCUCCAUCGUCCCAGCGGUAGCAUCGGCAUGCCGUGUGCCUCAGCCGAAUGAAAACCGACGCGGGCCGUCCGAGCGUCAUCCGGCCGCCCGGGACAUCUUGGUGCUUCGAGAACCUUUGACGGAAGAAAGACAGUGCCAUCCACCUCUCCGUCAGAGCCAUCUCACGACGGAGCCAUCGUCAAGGAGGCCACCAUCAACGUGUAACGCAGUUCCACCUUCACCUUGAAUAAGCAAGUACACCCAUUAUUCGCGCUUCAUCGGUUCGAGAAGGAUGAAUCAUGUCGGCAACAGUAUCGCCACCGCCUCUGAAACGCCGCAAAUUGACGUCGGCUUCCUUGCCGUCCGUCGAACAGGACCCAUGUGUAUCUCGUUUUCGCAUUUUAUCUUGGAACGUCAAUGGUUUGGCUGCACCCUCGGUCAUCGCUUUCUUUGGCUCGACAGAAAGCCGAUCUUCGCAGUCGAGCAAGAAAAGGACGCCCUCAUUACGAGACAGCUUGCGGCGCUAUGACUGCCACGAUGAUUUUCUCACAGGAAGUCCAGAUCAGUCCGGAGGAUAGAGCCUCGCGGCGAGCUGUCGAGAUAGCUGUGACUCGAGGCGUCAACGAGCCCAGUAGUCAACCUUCUUACCGCGUCCUUUUCUGUUUGCCGAAGGAUAAGCACAACACAAGGGGCUUUGGUCGCAAGGUGUAUGGGGUUGCAGCAUCAUCCUAGAAAAUUUUGCAAAAGACUACGCCAUGACAGUCAGAGAGGUCGCUUGGGAUCUUGAAGGUAGAUUCUUGGUAUGCGAAACAGAAGCACGAGAGUAUGUUCCAAGACUGGCCAUCUUCAACUGUGAGUACUUUAUCAGCUCUCUUGUAUCGGUUGGU